AAUUUAAUGACGUUCCAGUUCCUCAAAACCGAGGAAUGUAGACUUUAGAUUAGUCCUACGGAAAAAAUGAAAACGUGUUUUAAUAUUAAUUACUCAUUCCUUUAUUCAAAAAUGAUCAUUUGCGCUCGCAGACACGCGCGCAUAAGGCUGACAAUGAAACUCGCCCGUUUGCUGAUCUUGGCGGCGCAGCCCAGCUGAUUAAGACUUGAGAAGGGAUAAUGAAGUAAGGGAUAUGAAGAAUGCUUUUAAUUGUUUGAAGUUUUUACUUUUUGUUUGCUCUACCCAUCAUCAUCAUCAUCAUCAUCAUCAUCAUCAUCAUUUUUAAUGUUUGUUAACCAAUAUGUUGUAUCAACUUUAUAUUCCCAUCUUGUUUUCUCUCAUCACAUCAGUAUCGGCUUAUUGGAUACAAUUCUACUCCGAGCCCAGAUGCGGCAGUAAAGAGAUUCUUCGUUCUUGGAGCGGAUCAACAAGUCGAGGAUGUCAGACACGGUUUUCCAAGCCGGCCACUUCGGCGCUCGUCACCAAUAUCGGAACGUCGGAUGACAAUACAGUUGUAGUGUUUUACACCUCCCAAGACUGUAAUCCUGAAACUGCCAUUGUGCGAGUAGAAAAGGGAUGUGUUGGGAUUGAAAGCGCGAACCUUGGGAUUAAAUAUCAGUCGUUUAAUGUUGUUCGGACUUUUGAAUCGGCCGGGCUCACGCCGAUUUCGAAGAAUGCGUUUACGUAUCAACACGGUGGAAUUGCGCUUUAUAAAGGUACGAAGUAUAGGUGGUUAAGGCAGGAUGAUGGGUCGUUUCGAGGGGUUGUCCCCGAGGAAUGGGAUGAUGCUGUCCUUAAGCAGAGAGGUAUUACUGAUUCGGUGGGUUGACGGGACGGUUGUGUUAAUUGGAAUCAAUACCAUGUGAUGAAGCUAGGAAUCCUCGACGCGAUGCCCCGAAGCUUGUUUUAGCACAGACCAAGCUUGUAUUCGAUGAGCAUUACCUUAGGUAAAAGGAGAGCUAUCGGGGUGUUGGAGACAUUGCUAUAGUUUUCGACGUCGAACGGGAAUUAUGAAUCCUUCAUGCGUAUCUGAGCGCUAAGAAAAAGGGGCAAAUAACGCAAAACUUCCCCUCACCGAGAAAAGCAUGCGACCAUGCAAGAGCCUCUUUGACGGAAUGUAAUGAUGGGCAAGGAUCAUCAAAUUAUCCAUCUGCAAAUGCUUGAAGACAUCAAAGAAAUUGGCAUGCACAAUAUUUGUCGAUCGGGUAAUGUUCGAGAUACUUACGAACGACGUCAUCAGCGACAGUUGCAUAGAUUUAUGCAUAUAUGACGAUAUUCAAGCUGAGAGAUUGUUGGACGUUUGGUGAUUGAAGUGAAGUAGGAGCAUUGUUGAAUAACCAAUCGCACUUGCGUCAAGAAUUGGCCAUCAGCUCAAGGCGGGAGACGACUAACACCGAAAGAGGGUUAUUACUCGUGGGAAACAACUUUGCUUUACAGCCGGCGU